AUGUCCCCCACGCCUGCCAAACCGACAUGUCGCCCGUCCAAGGGCAGCCGCCUGGUGGCCGAGACAGCGCGAGAUGCCGCAGGCCAGAUCGUUGAAUCCCAUGCCGCCCUGACCAAAGAGAGCUCCCUUGCGCCUAGCGCAUCCGUCAACGCCAUCCUGUCGAGCUUAGUCAAGCUGUGCUCCGAAAUCCACGACCACAACACCGUGGACCUGAUACUCCAAGACGAGCGGGUCACAUCCAUCCUCCCCGAACUCCGGCGGUUCUGCGCUGAGUCCGAGUUCUUGCUGGAGCGCCACUGGGCAGAGUGGGUGCAGAGCGACGAGGCGAGCGACCUUAUCCCGGACCCGUGGGACCGCCUGUGCAAGUUCCCCUACUACAGCAACUACGUCGAGCUGGUGCGAAUAGAGCUCGCCGCGCUCUUCACAGUCCUGCCCUCGGCCCCGACCCGGAUCGCCUAUGUCGGCUCGGGCCCCAUGCCGCUGACCUCCAUCUGCAUCACCCUCGCCCUGACCGGCGGCGGCGGCUCACCCUGGGGCGCGUGGGACGGGCCGCCGGCCCCGCUCGAGGUUCUGAACAUUGACUGCGACGACGACGCCCUACGCCUCUCGCGUGAGAUGGCAAGGCAGUUGGGCCUGACGGGGCAAGGCAUGGGGUUCGCCAGGGCCGACGCCAAGGAUUUCGACCUGGACCUCUCAGGCUACCAGGUCGUUUAUCUCGCCGCCCUCGUGGGCUCGACCAACGAGGAGAAAGAGAGGUGUAUCGUCAACGUCGCCAGCCGUAUGGACCCCGGCGCCGUCAUCCUGACGAGGUCUGCCUGGGGGCUCCGCAAAUGCCUGUACCCGGAGCUACAAAUCAGCCGGCCGGCGCUUUUGCAGUGUCUUGACAUCUGUCUUGUGGUGCACCCGUACGGGGCCGUGGUGAACUCGGUCAUGGUCGCCAGAGUUAAAGGCAGACAUGCGUAG